AUGGCGAGUGGGACGGCGGCCUCCCCGUGCGGCGCGUGCAGGUUCCUCCGCCGCAAGUGCCCGCCGGACUGCAUAUUCGGGCCGUACUUCUGCUCGGAGCAGGGCCCGGAGAGCUUCGCCGCCAUCCAUAAGGUGUUCGGCGCCAGCAACGCCGCCAAGCUGCUCGCCCACGUUCCGGCGGCCGCCCGACGAGACGCCGUCGUCACAAUUGCCUUCGAGGCUCAGUCAAGGCUCAAGGACCCCAUCUAUGGCUGCGUCUCGCAAGUGCUCGCCUUGCAACACCAGGUGGAAUAUUUGGAAGAGCAAGUGAUGCAGAUGAAGGCCCACCUGGCCCAAAACCUGAUCGAUGACCCAGAAAUUAAUAACGGCCCAGGAACUGGAAUCGGACCGUCAGGCCCAUAUCACGAACAAGUUGCAUUUCAAAACUUCAACCCAUCGCAUGCUGAACUGAGUGACGAGCUCCAACAACUGGCUCUUAGAAUGAUGAAGAAUUACUGA